ACGAUGAUGGUUCGGCCGAUCCUCUCAAAACUGGAGGAACAAGAGUCUCCUCCCGAGGCACUCGCCGGCGUCGAGCCGGCGCCGAAUACGAAGCGAAGAUGCGUCUCGAGCGCAUGUAUACCCUGUCGGCGUCGAAAAUCCAAGGCGAGUCUUUGCCCCCCCCCCCCCUGCGAUGGAGCCAUGCCGGCUUGCGCGACAUGCAAGGCCGUGUAUCGAAUGGAGUGUAUGUAUGAUUUUGACGGAGAUGGUCGUCGGCGGCGUCGCAAGAGCAUUCCCGGCGGCGGCGAGGGGCGGAACACUAACUCGCUCGACGAAACCGUACCGCGGAUCCGUACUGCGGCGGAAACCGAGGUUGAAAGCAUCGUCGAGCAGCUGUGGCCAACCGGUUCGCUGCAAUCAAUCACUUCGACGGCGACGACGGCAGUGGAAUUCAUCAAGCACGAGAAGCGCAAGUCGAUUCCCGAGCCAGUCAAAGAGCCCGCGGGAAUCGUAGUGAAGAACGUCGGGGAGCUGCAGGUCGACGAGGAAGGUGCAGUGCGGCACUAUGGGUAUUCUUCGAAUUUGGGGUCAAUUCGGUCCCGGUCGCGGAAGACGUACCAAAGCUCUUGCGAGAUGCAAGGAGUGGAUUGGACGACAGUCACUACGGACGACAAACUGAUUUUCGACCUACUGGAUCUGUACUUUACGUGGCACCAUCCCGUCCACGUCCUUUUCUCGACGUCCUGCUUCUUGACGGACAUGCGCAGGCGACGAAAGAAGUACUGUAGUCCGCUGCUCUUCAAUGCCGUACUGGCGCUUGCCUGUCACUACUCAACGAACGUCGACGCGCGCGCCAACCCUGCCGACCCCUCCACCAGAGGCGACCACUUCUUCGGGGAAGCGCAACGAUUGCUCUUAGCUGAGGAGAGCCAUUCAUCGCUCACGGUAACGCAAGCGUUGGCGCUGAUGGCGGCACGAGAGGCAGGAUGUGGUCGGGACGCCACGAGCUGGAUGUAUUUGGGCCGGUCGUUGCAUGUAGCUUUAGACCUUGGAUUGCACCUUCCGCUGGAGGCCAGCACCACCAUGUUUACACUGACGGAAGUGGAGGUGCGUCGGAUCACCUUCUGGGCAUUAUUCGUGAUGGACAAGCAAUGGUCGAUGCAUUUCGGGAGGAUCCCACAGCUUCCCUGCAGCGUCGUCGGUAUCCCGAAGCCGAACAUCAUCCAGGAGCUCGAGAACGACGCGUGGACGGCCCCGGAUGGGUCGCGCCGUCCGUGCCAGGUCAUGCAAAUCGCGACGCAAUACGCAGAGCUCGCUGAAGUCCUCGGAGACGCCUUGCGGGUGCUGCAUUCGCCUCGACAACAGUUGGACGCCGUCAAGUUGAAGGAGUACCAUACACGGCUAAAGAUCUGGCGGGAAAAGAUCCCGAAAUCUCUGGACCCACAGCAGAAUGCAGUUCCCGCCGUCUUUGUCCUGCACAUGUUCUACCACUCCAUAAUCCUCCUGAUCUUCCGACCGUUCGAGCACCAACACCUCAGUUCCUUCACCGACAGUCCGCGGCAAAUAAGCGUCAACGCGGCCAUCGAGACCUGCACGAUCUACAGCUACCUCCGGAACGCGCGCUUCGACAAGCGCCCAGUGUGCAUGGUUCCGCACAUGCUGCUCUCGGCGGCACUAGUCUUCGUC